AUGAUUCAACUUCAUGUGGAUAUUCUUCAAAAUCUCCAACAAGCACAAUUCGUCUUGGAUAUUCCUUCGUCAGCUGAAUGUAGUAUUAAAGUUGAUCAAAUUAUCAUAGGCAAUGAAGAACAAAAUUUGAAAACUAUAAUAAAUUUCAAUGGUCUUAUUGUAGACGCCAGUAAAGGUACUGAAACUGUAUUACCGGAAACAAAUUCAACUAAAGAAGGACAAAUUCAACGAACAUUCAAAUUUCCAUUCCUGCGAUUACCUAUCAUCGUUGACAAUAAUAAAAAUUAUGAUUUGACUAAUAUAUCCUGUGCUGAAUGCCAAUCGCCAGUAAAAAUCAUCGGUGAAAAUCAAACAUUUAAAAUUGUUCAACAACAAAAUGCUAAUGCUGACGAUAUAAAUGAAGUCAUCUAUUGUCAUCGAUUUUGUGAGUCUCAUCAGCAUGAACAUAAACACGAACCUCAACAAUUACAUGUUCCUCUUGAUCUUCAUGCGGAAUUAAUUGUCGUUGAAAAUAUCGAAUGUUUCAUUAUAGCAAAAGAAUUCUCAUCGUUAGAUUUAAUUCAUAACGAUCUCGUUCAAUGUAAUAAUUGUUCUUCCCAUCUCGGAUCAUUUGAUCCUCAGAAUAAUCUCGUCUCGUUUAACAAAAGUUCUCUAUUACCAUUUUCCAACGACUAUCUAUCGACCUGUUUUCGUCAUUAUGAGCCCGGUCGAUAUAUUGUUAAAGUACCAAAAUCCAAUGAUUCCCUAUUUCUUGUUUGGAUUCUUCCUAAUCAAUUACUCUCGACGGACAUAUUCAUCGAUGCACCAAUUAACUCGGUACAACUUGAUUUUUCUCGCAUGCGAAAAAUUCUCUUCGCUCAUGUCACAUCAUCGGACGAGAAAAUGUUUACUGAAUGGAAACGAGAUUUUUCUGUGACAACUCUUCUUGUGAAUCGAUUUUGUCUUGAACAUCUAUCAACAGCAUUUCAACGAGCAAUACGAAAAUUUCCAAACGCAUUCAAUAGUAAAGAAACAUUUCAAUCAGUGACUAUUUCUUGUUAA